AUCUCACGCAACCUGCUGAAACGGGGGGACACCGGGCGAUUUAGCAGCUUGUGCUCGAAAGAGCCGUCAACUGUGUCGUCCGUCAAGCCUCUUCGCGGCCGUGGAUCAAAAUAGAGACCGACAGCAGAAGCAGCGGACGCUCUGUCACGGGACGGGAGAUGGACAACAAUAAACGAACGGUGGUCGUCACAGGUUUUGGGCCAUUUGGAGAGCACACAGUCAACGCCAGCUGGGUAGCAGUACAAGAACUAAAGAAGCUUGGACUGGGCAGUGAAGUGGACUUGCAUGUGUACGAGGUUCCUGUGGAGUACCAGACAGUCCAGAGUUUGGUACCAUCAUUAUGGAAGCAGUAUCAUCCACAGUUGGUAGUUCAUGUUGGAGUCUCGGGCAUGGCCACCACUGUCACAUUGGAGAAGUGUGGCAGAAAUCAUGGCUACAAGGGUCUGGACAACAGCAGCUUCUGUCCUGAUUCGCAGUGUUGCAUUGUGGGAGGCCCAGACUGCAUCGACUCAGUUAUUGACAUGGAAUCGGUCUGUAAGAGAGUGACCGCCUCAGGGCCGGGAGUAACUGUGUCUGUCUCCAAAGAUGCUGGAAGAUAUCUCUGUGACUUCACCUACUACACGUCUCUGUACCUGAGCCGCGGUCGCUCUGCCUUCAUCCAUGUGCCUCCUCUCGGAAAGCCUUACAGCGGGGAAGACCUGGGUCGCGCACUGAAGGCCAUCGUCCAGGAGAUGCUGGAGCUCCUUGACCAGGCUGAGGAGAAGAUACACUGCCAGCAGCAUUUCCACUAAGUGACCUCCAGAUGCCAACAAGCCCCUCCAGCACUCGCCACACAAGAGAAAUUGCACUUAACCACAAGUAGCCAAACUUCUUUCUAUUUUUUAAACGUUUGUUUCAAUUAAAAACGUCAGCAUAUUGGGUGUUUUAAGCUUCUGUUAGUCUUAGGUUUUUCCUUUUUGUUUUAUUUAGCCUGAUUUGGUUAUUGUUUUAUUGUCUCCCGAUAGUUAGAAAAUAAACUGGGAGUCUAAAGACACACUGUAACCUAAGCUUUCCUCCCACUUCAAAGGACCAUGAAACAGCAUGACUUUGGAGUUUUAAAAAACAUGGAAAAUACAAAAAUAGGUCCAUACGUAAACACAGCAGCAAAGUGCCGAUAUUAUGACGUGUAAUCCCCAAAGUGGCUGCUAUUAUUGCACCUUAUAGGGUUAGGGCUAUUGAAAUAGUUUAGAAGUCACAUUUGGGGAACCAGCAAAAUGUACUCCAUCCUUUGUUCCAUAAUCUUUCAGUCAAUGGGUGUUUCUAUGUGGAUGUCUAUAAAUGGUUAAUGUUUAUGAUACAUUGUUGUUUAAGUAGAAAUGUUUAGCAGUAACCUGGUAGUGUCAGUUCCCUCCACAUGUCUUUCCAGCGGCUCUAAAGCCUACCUGUGCUGUUUCACAAUUUAUGUUGAAUUAUUUCUCAAGUCCUUUUUCUUUAUAAGAAGUUGUGAAUUUGCCUUCUUUUACAAAGGUUAUUUUAAUCAGGGAACGGGUUGGUUCCAGCUCAUUCUCCUCUCCCAGUUUGUCAGCCCAAUUCUGACAGAAAACCCCAAGUGACCUCACUGAGAUCUGGCCCCAGGUGUGCAAUGUUGUUUUAACAGAUCUCAAGUUGGUCUGGUCAGUUCGCAUCAUGGUAAUGUCAAAUUUAUAUCGCUGCACAUUUACCUUCGAGAUUUAACGAUUAACUGCUUUAAAACAAACGGCUCCUCUGUGUGAGCCGUGUUCACUUCAUUAUCUUGUUUUUUUUUCAUUGCAAAAUUCAAGCUAUUGCAGGAAACUAGGUUUUCCUGUAUUCAGUAAUUGUGCAGCCCUAAUUGGCAACAGUAGUUUAAAAAUGUAUUUUGCUUCUCGCAUUGAAUCAAACGUAGCGUGGUGACUUUAAACUUGGUUCAGUCAGAGUUGGGCCUAGACUUUAGUUUCUGCACUUUCUUUUUUUUCUCCAUUUUUACUAAAUCUGGAAUUUGGACAUCAUUUGAAAAGCAUUUAUUUUUAUUUUUAUUUUUCCCGUCACUUUAACUUGAGAUAUGUAGCUUUGCGGACAUACACACACCCAUUCCAUUUGGAACUCCCCUCCCUCCAAGAAUUAUCAUUAUGCAUGUGUGUUAUGCUUUAUAGGUGACUUGUGCUUUAUUUUCCCUGAGCUUUAGUUUGUUCUAACCUGUUAAAACAAACAGUGUGUAUUAUUUUAUUGUGUCUGACGGUGCCACAACAGGUUUAGAUGUUCUCCUUACUGGCAUUGUCCGUUUCACAGCAUUUCUGUGGCUGCUGAGUCGGACUGCCCACAAUGGUGGCAUUUAAUUGUCUACAAACUCUGUGUAUCCCCAACAAAACUAUCUGUAUCUACAGUAAACUGUGGGAAACUGUAGUAGUUAAACUGUCAAAGCUUGUUUUAAGCAUCUAGCAUCCUAGGAACAGUGACCUACCAGGAUUAAAAGUCAUCUCAGAUGACAUUCUUAUCUUAGCCUUACUCGGCUGCGUGGUUUAAAACUAAUGGAAUUAUUAAAAUGAUGGGCGGGUUUUAGAUUUAGAGUAUGCAGGUGCUGAUAUAUUUUACCGUGUGGCUUUAUGAGUGCUGAGAAGUGACAGGGUUGUGGUAGAGUUGCUCCUAAAAUGUCUGCUCUCAAAUGUGAAAGCCUCAAGUUUACAUAUAAAGUGAACUCUGGCCCUGACUCUUUCCUGUGCCUUGCCAUUGUUUAUGUGUGCUAUGAAAAGGCCUUAAAAAUGCUCAGCGGGUCAGUUCAGAGAUAUAUUACUGAUGCUGUCCAGUCAGAUGUGUGGCUACCUCAAAAAUACUUUUUUAAGUGUGCUCUGUUGUACAAUAACAUAAUGGCUCUGUGAUUAUUGUUAGUUCCUGUGUUUCGGGGGUAUCCUGGGAAAAGGUGUCUCCUACCUCUGACAUUAACAAAGCAUUGUUACAACAUGUAAUCUUGGCUUUGUAAAAGAUACAUCUUUGAAUUAAAGAGAAUCAAUGGAUCCCAA